AUGGAUCCAGGGCAAAGAACAAAAACAUGUGGGGUUGCAUAACAGAAGCUUUAUCAUGUACCUAUUUUUUCAACACGGCAUAUCUUUACUCGAGGCAAUUCCCUUUCUUUUCGUUGUUAGAUCUCAAAACAACACCCAGAUAGGUUUUCACUGAAUAAUUCUCCAAACAAAAUGGCAUUAAGCAACAAUGUGAUCGGUGCAAUCAACUUUGUUGCUAUGCUGCUCUCAAUUCCAGUCAUUGGUGCUGGAAUCUGGCUUGCAAAUCAACCAGAUAAUUCUUGUUUGAAGAUUUUACAAUGGCCUGUUAUAGUUUUGGGGAUCUUAAUCUUGGUUGUAGCUCUAGCAGGCUUUAUAGGAGGGUUUUGGCGCAUCCCCUGGCUCCUUAUUGCUUACCUUGUUGGCAUGCUUAUCCUCAUCAUAUUGCUUGCAUGCUUGGUAGUUUUCAUCUAUAUGGUUACCAUUAGAGGUUCAGGCCACCUUGCACCUAGUCGCACAUACUUGGAAUAUCAUCUGGAAGACUAUUCAGGCUGGCUUCAACGAAGAGUCAGAAGUUCUUACAAGUGGGAGAGGAUAAAAGUCUGUCUCAGCUCAACAGAGAUUUGUGCCCAAUUGAACCAGAGUUAUACAAUGGCUAUAGAUUUCUUUAAUACUCAUCUAAGUCCCAUAGAGUCUGGAUGCUGUAAGCCACCAACUGAAUGUGGAUACACGUUUGUAAAUCCAACAAACUGGAUCAGCCCCAUUAAUAACAUAGCAGACCCGGAUUGCAUACAGUGGAACAAUGACCAAACGCAGCUCUGCUACAAUUGUAAUUCGUGCAAAGCAGGAUUACUUGCAAAUCUGAAGCAGGAAUGGAGAAAAGCUGACAUAAUACUGCUUAUAACUCUUAUUGCUUUGAUAUGUGUAUAUUUGAUAGGAUGUUGUGCCUUUAGGAAUGCCAAAACUGAGGACAUAUUUAGACGCUACAAAGAAGGCUAUACCUGAGAAUCAGUUAACUGUAAGCUGGUAGUGGUGCAAUUGGGGCUCGUUCGAAUGGAGUUUUGUUUUUGUGACUUUGUAUAAGCAAAUACUUUUCCUUGUUACAUUUGGUUGAAAAAUGUGUUGGUACUGAUUGUUUUCAUUCCAGCGUAGAAAUUUAUGCUAAGCAGUGAUGAGCUGUGUGCAAUAUGGAGAAAAGCUGACAUAAUACUGCUUAUAACUCUUAUUGCUUUGAUAUGUGUAUAUUUGAUAGGAUGUUGUGCCUUUAGGAAUGCCAAAACUGAGGACAUAUUUAGACGCUACAAACA